AUGACCCAUGUCAUUCGAGUACAUUCAUCUAUAAAUGUCACAAAGUAUCGAGCUUUAGACAGGGAAGGGACACCAGCCGGUCCCCAAACAUCCGAAAACAACGUCAAGAUUAAUUAUGUGAAACAUGCACCAGGUCCAAAGGCCUUGCCAAUUAUUGGUAACCUCCACAUGUUAGGGAAACUACCACACCGCAACCUUCAAUCCCUUGCCUUAAAAUAUGGACCCAUAAUGUCCUUGAAACUAGGACAUGUCCCAGCCAUUGUGGUUUCUUCCUCUGAAACUGCAGAGCUAUUCCUCAAGACUCAUGACACUGUUUUUGUAGGCAGGCCUAAACUUCAAGCAACGGAAUCUCUUGUUCAUGCAAGCAAGGGCUUUGCGUUUUGUGAUUAUGGUGCCUAUUGGCGCAAUGUUAGGAAAGUGUGUAUUAUACAACUUCUGAGUGCAUCAAAAGUUGAAAUGUUUGCACCUCUGAGGAGGGAGCAAUUGGGACUAUUCGUGAAGUCACUUGAAAAUGCUGCAGCAUCACGUGAGGUUGUGGACCUUAGUGAGUUGGUGGGGGAGCUUAUAGAGAAUAUCGUGUAUAAAAUGUUAUUGGGCUAUAGUAAGGAUGACAGAUUCAACUUGAAGGACCUUGUUGCUGAAGUAGUGAACUUGAUUGGAGCUUUCAAUCUAGCAGAUUAUGUGCCUUGGCUAGGUGUGUUUGAUCUUCAGGGACUAAAAAGACGAUUAAAUAAAGCAAGUAAGGCGUUUGACCAAGCCUUGGAGCUGAUUAUCAAAGAAAAAGAGCAUUCUUCUCAUGACAAAGAGAAAGAACCUCACAAAAAGGACUUUGUGGAUAUAUUGCUAUCACUUAUGCACCAACCCAUGGAUCCCCUGGACGAACAGAAAGUAAUUGACAGAACAAGUAUCAAGGCAAUUAUAUCAGAUAUAAUUGAAGCAUCAUUUGAGUCAUCUAGUAGUGUUGUUGUCUGGGCUAUGUCAGAACUCUUGAGGCAUCCAAGGGUGAUGAAUAGACUUCAAGAUGAGUUAGAAAAUGUAGUGGGGAUGAAUAGACAAGUGGAGGAGACUGAUUUAGAAAAGUUACCUUACCUGAAUAUGGUGGUGAAAGAAACCUUAAGAUUAUAUCCACUUGUACCUUUACUACUGCCUCGGGAGUCUAGAGAAGAUGUUAUUAUUGAUGGCUAUUACAUAAAGAAAAAGACAAGAAUCAUAAUAAAUGCAUGGGCAAUUGGGAGAGAUCCUAAAAUUUGGUCACAUAAUGCUGAUGUGUUUUAUCCAGAGAGAUUUGUCAAUAACAGUGUAGACAUCAAGGGAAAUGACUUUAGACUUAUACCAUUUGGUUCUGGCCGCAGAGGGUGCCCUGGGAUUCGUUUGGGUCUAAUUACUUCUGAGAUUGUUCUAGCUCAAUUGGUGCAUUGCUUCAACUGGAAACUUCCAUUAGGCAUGUCUCGUCAUGAUAUAGACAUGACAGAGAGAUUUGGCCUCACAAUACCAAGAAGUAAGCACUUGCUAGCUAUGCCUAUUUAUCGACUAGUUGAUUAUGUGAAACAUGCACCAGGUCCAAAGGCCUUGCCAAUUAUUGGUAACCUCCACAUGUUAGGGAAACUACCACACCGCAACCUUCAAUCCCUUGCCUUAAAAUAUGGACCCAUAAUGUCCUUAAAGCUAGGACAAGUCCCAGCCAUUGUGGUUUCUUCCACUGAAACUGCUGAGCUAUUCCUUAAGACUCAUGACACUGUGUUUGCAAGCAGGCCUAAACUUCAAGCAGCAGAAUCUAUUGCUCAUGCAAGCAAGGGCUUAGCGUUUUGUGAAUAUGGUGCUUUUUGGCGUAAUGUUAGGAAAGUGUGUAUUAUACAACUUCUGAGUGCAUCAAGAGUUGAAAUGUUUGCUCCUCUGAGGAGGGAGCAAUUGGGACUAUUGGUGAAGGUACUUGAAAAUGCAGCAGCAUCACGUGAGGUUGUGGACCUUAGUGAGUUGGUAGGGGAGCUUAUAGAGAAUAUUGUGUAUAAAAUGUUAUUGGGCUAUAGUAAGGAUGAUAGAUUCAACUUGAAGGACAUUAUUGCUGAAGUAUUGAACUUGAUUGGAGCUUUCAAUCUAGCAGAUUAUGUGCCUUGGCUAGGUGUGUUUGAUCUUCAGGGAUUAAAAAGACGAUAUAAUAAAGCAAGUAAGGCGGUUGACCAAGCCUUGGAGCUGAUUAUCAAAGAAAAAGAGCAUUUAUCUCAUGACAAACAGAAAGACCCUCACAGGAAGGACUUUAUGGAUAUAAUGCUAUCACUUAUGCACCAACCCAUGGAUCCCCAAGACGAACAGAAAGUAAUUGACAGAACAAGUAUCAAGGCAAUUAUAUUAGAUAUAAUUGAAGCAGGACUUGAGUCAUCUAGUAGUGUUGUUGUGUGGGCUAUGUCAGAACUCUUGAGGCAUCCAAGGGUGAUGCAGAGACUUCAAGAUGAGUUAGCAAAUGUAGUUGGGAUGAAUAGGCAAGUGGAAGAGACUGAUUUAGAAAAGUUACCUUACCUGAAAAUGGUGGUGAAGGAAACCUUAAGAUUAUAUCCAAUUGGACCUUUACUACUGCCUAGGGAGUCCAGAGAAGAUGUUAUUAUUGAUGGUUAUUACAUAAAGAAAAAGACAAGAAUCAUAAUAAAUGCAUGGGCAAUUGGGAGAGAUCCUAAAGUUUGGUCACAUAAUGCUGAUGUGUUUUAUCCAGAGAGAUUUGUCAAUAACAGUGUAGACUUCAAGGGAAAUGACUUUAGACUUAUACCAUUUGGUUCUGGUCGCAGAAGGUGCCCUGGGAUUCAUUUGGGUCUAAUUACUUCUGAGAUUGUUCUAGCUCAAUUGGUGCAUUGUUUCAAUUGGGAACUUCCAUUGGGCAUGUCUCCUCAUGACUUGGACAUGACUGAGAGAUUUGGACUCUCAAUGCCAAGAAAUCAGCACUUGCUAGUUGUGCCAACUUAUCGCUUAGUUGGUGAAGUUAAAAAGGAAUCAAAUUAA